AUGCUCGCCAAAGCACUUCUCUUCUUCUGCGCAACAAUCGCUGUCAUGAGUGCCGCUACCGAUGCCCCGAUGCCUGGAGCACCCGUUGACAAGGACGCCACCGAUGAGGACAUGCAACGUGCGUGGGCUGCUGUCAAUGGAGAACUGAACAGCCAAGCCAGCAACAAUGGACCCUACCACUUUGUCCCAAUCAAGAUUCUCUCCUCGAAAUCGCAAGUCGUCGCCGGAGUCAAGCACAUCUACGAGGUUCUCGUUGGCGAGAGCAGCUGCACGAAGGGUGAGAUGCAAGCCAGCGAGCUCAACCAGGCCAACUGCCCUCUCCGCGAAGGAGCAAACCGAGCUAUCUACAAGCUAACCGUCUGGGAGAAGCCGUGGGAGAACUUUGUCCAGUACAACGCUGAAAAGGUCCGCACCGUCGAGCAGAGCGAAUCCUUC